AAAAUAUUCUAUGACAGUACAUGAGCGAUUGCCGAGAGAUGCGGAACCAGAACCCUAAUUAACAAUCCCUUAUUCUUAUAAGAAUCCAUAAACCCUGCUAACUACUUCACACAUAAACCCUAGCAAGCCGCAACAGCAGUAAUCCUAUUUUUGAAUACAAACAUGAGAGCUCCAAUCAGAGGAGGACGUGGUGGAAGCGGUGGAUUCAGGGGUGGCCGUGGAGAUGGCGGCGGUAGAGGAAGAGGGGGUGGAGGAGGCAGAGGCAGAGGAGGUGGAGGAUUCAGCGGCGGAAGAAGCGCUGGUGGAAGAGGCGGUGGUAGAGGUCGCGGUGGUGGCAGAGGAGGACGUGGUGGUGGAAUGAAGGGAGGGAGUAAGGUCAUUGUUGAACCACAUAGACACGAUGGCGUGUUUAUUGCUAAAGGUAAGGAAGAUGCUCUUUGCACUAGAAACAUGGUGCCUGGUGAAGCUGUCUAUAAUGAGAAGAGGAUCUCUGUUCAGAAUGAAGAUGGAACAAAGAUCGAGUAUAGAGUAUGGAAUCCCUUUAGGUCAAAAUUGGCUGCUGCUGUUCUUGGAGGAGUUGACAAUAUUUGGAUGAAACCUGGUUCUCGUGUCCUUUACCUUGGAGCUGCAUCUGGCACCACAGUUUCUCAUGUAUCUGAUCUUGUUGGACCUACUGGAGUUGUGUAUGCUGUUGAAUUUUCCAAUAGAAGUGGUAGAGAUUUGGUGAAUAUGGCUAAGAAGAGGACAAAUGUUAUUCCUAUUAUUGAAGAUGCCAGACAUCCAGCCAAGUACAGAAUGCUUGUUAGCAUGGUUGAUGUUAUUUUUUCUGAUGUUGCCCAACCUGAUCAGGCUAGAAUUUUAGCACUGAAUGCAUCCUAUUUCUUGAAAUCCGGAGGCUAUUUUGUUAUAUCAAUCAAGGCAAACUGCAUAGAUUCUACAGUUCCAGCUGAGGCUGUAUUUGCUUCUGAAGUGAAGAAGCUGCAAGCAGAGCAAUUUAAACCAAUGGAGCAAGUGACACUUGAACCCUUUGAAAGAGACCAUGCUUGUGUUGUUGGAGCCUAUCGGGUUCCAAAGAAACAAAAACCUUCUUCUUAA